AUGGGCUCUAUGAUCACGACUAGCAAAGCCUCAAUACACCAUCAAGACUAUGAUAGUCUGCCGGACCCAAAAAGAGUCUGGACCGGCAAGCCAGGGUCUAGGGAAGAAGGUCUCGGCCGUCUCGUACUGCUCACACCAGAAGUGGUAGCCAACGCGGCAUCAACAUGCAUCAAGACAGGUCGCCGUACCUCGUUAAACUGGGAGCUGACCAAGCUGGACAUUGCCAACUUCAAUCGAGCUCCAGCCCAGCAUCAUAUUGUCUCGCUUUUAAACGGCGCCGCAUAUGAUGAUGUUUAUAUCUUCAACCCUCAACAGUCGUCUCAAUGGGACGGGCUCCGCCACUUUUCUGCCCCAGCUCCAACUCCCUCAGACCCAAACCGUCGCCUCUUCUAUGGAGGAAUGACGUCGGGUGAGAUACAAGACAGAAACAAUACUCGCAUAGGCAUUCAGCAUUGGGCCAAAGAGGGCAUUUGCGGCCGUGGUGUUCUGCUGGACUAUGCUGAAUACGCUCGACGUCAUUCAAUAUCUUACACGACAUUCUCAGGCCAUUCUAUCCCGCUUCAUGUACUACUUGACGUCGCGAAAGAACAAGGCGUCAAGUUCCUCCGCGGAGAUAUCCUGUUCGUUAGAAUUGGAGUUGUUAGGGAGUGGGAUCUACAAAUGACGGCAGCUGACAAGCUGGCUUAUGCGCAAAGCUCAAACCCGCAACAUGCUGGAGUUGAAGGCACAGAAGAGAUGUUGAAAUGGAUCUGGAAUGAAGGCUUUUCAGCUGUGGCAAGUGAUGCUAUUUCCUUUGAAGUGUACCCUCCGCAGCCGUCUUAUAAGCGAGGAGAGAAUGCCCCAGUCAAGGGUUUAUUUAUGCAUGAAUAUCUGAUUGCAGGAUGGGGUAUGCCAGUUGGCGAACUAUUUGAUCUUGAGGGCCUUAGCCGCAUUUGUCAAGAAGAGCAGAGAUGGGAAUUCUUUAUAACAUCGGCACCUCUGAACAUGCCAGGAGGCGUCAGUACUCCUCCAAAUUGUAUAGCUAUAUUUUAA